AAUAAAAUCUACUUUGUUGAUUCCGCCUACGACCCCGCAUUUUCGGACGGGCGCCGGUCUUAGCGUGUCAGGGACCUCUGGUUGAACUAUCUUUCAGUCGAUGGCUGUCGGAAAGAUGCACCGAUAAUCUGAGCUUUUAUAGAGUGAUCUUCAACCCUCUCUGAUGGUGGGAAUUAUAGGUGGUUGAUUGUAGAACAUUCGGAAUCGUCUUCCGAAUGUCGGGAUGAGCCUACGACUUGCUAUGGCUAUACAUAAGGCUCGUUGACUCGGGCACCCGACAUCUGUAAUUUCAUCUCGCACAAUAGUAUGUUUGCAUUGAGGCACUUAUGAGCCUUUCGCGAUGCGGCCCCUUACCCUAACUCGUGCGGUUGGCCUCAACAGCCUCAAAAGGCACUUCGUCAGUUCAUUUGCGCGCAGAUACAUGACUAUCUUACAUCCCCCGAAAUUUGAGAAUGAAAAACUGCUAUGCCAAAGAAUCCCCUGAGAGAGUUGAGUUAUCCGAGACAAUUCAGAAGAUGAAGGCUGAAUUCCCUGCCACAAUCCCAAUCAAAAUAAAUGGAUUAGAAGUUGAAACGAAGCAAUCCCGCUCCCAAGUAAACCCUUCUCGGCACAAAGAUAUCGUGGCCAACUAUGCACUGGCUACACCCGAUCAAGUCAAUGCUGCUGUCGAUGCGGCUCUCAAGGCCAAACCUGCUUGGGAGGCCACUCCAUUUGAAGACCGCGCAGCUGUUUUUCUGCGUGCCUGUGAGCUCAUUUCCGGCAAGUAUCGCUCUGAGAUGGUUGCUGCGACGAUGCUGGGCCAAGGCAAAAAUAUAUGGCAGGCAGAGAUUGAUGCCCCAGCGGAGACCGUUGACUUCUUCCGCUACUACAUUCAAGAGGCAUGGUCUCUUUACUCUCAGCAACCUAAAGUUCAUCCCGAUGGAAACUGGAAUAAACUUGAAUACCGUCCACUUGAAGGUUUUACCUAUGCUAUUGCCCCUUUCAAUUUCACAGCACUUGGAGCUACACUUGUUGGCCCGGCCGCGUUGCUUGGAAACGUGGUCAUCUGGAAGCCGUCAGAUUCGGCCCUUCACGCAAGCUGGCUUCUCCACAAGAUUCUGCUAGAAGCUGGCCUCCCUAAGGAUGUUAUUCAAUUCCUACCUGGUGAUGCCGAGGAAGUAACCGACACCAUCCUUAAAAGACCCGAAUUCAGUGCUCUGACCUUUAUUGGAUCUACCUCUACUUUCAAGGGGAUCCAAAAGAAGAUUGGAGAUGGGAUUGGACAAGGCAUCUACAACUCCUACCCUCGUGUUGUGGGUGAGACCGGUGGGAAGAACUGGGGAGUGGUCCAUUCAUCUGCGGACGUGAGGAGUGCUGCUCUGAACACCAUUCGCGCUGCCUUCGAGUACCAAGGCCAAAAAUGCUCUGCCAACUCCCGUGUCUAUGUUGCCGAGUCAGUUUGGGCUGAAUUCCAACGACACCUAAAAGAGGAAACGGAGGCGUUGAAGGUUGGAGACGUCGAAGAUUAUGGCAACUUUGUCAACCCUGUUAUCCACGAGCGCUCGUUCGACAAAUUGAAUAAAUUCAUCGAGGACGCGAAAACCGAUCCGGAGCUUGAACUUAUUACUGGUGGUAAGACCUCCAAGGAAAAAGGGUACUAUGUACACCCCACCAUCUAUAAAACCUCCAAUCCACGUCACGAUAUCAUGACUCGGGAGCUGUUUGGACCGAUUCUGGGUGUCUAUGUUUACCCCGAUGCUGAGUGGGAGGAAACUCUGAAGUUGAUUGAUACAACCUCUAGAUAUGGCCUUACUGGAAGCAUUUAUGCGAAGGAUCCAUACGCCAGCCGCCAGGCGCAGACUGCCCUGAAGCAUGCUGCUGGUAUGCUCUACCUGAAUACUAAAUGCACCGGCUCUACGGUUGCUCAGCAGCCAUUUGGCGGUAGCCGAGAUUCUGGUACCAAUGAUAAAACAGGCACUAUGGCUCAUCUGCAAAGAUUCGUUAGCACUCGGACGAUCAAGGAGGAAUUUGUCCCAUUAGAGAAGGUCGGGUAUCCUUCCAAUGAGGUCUAGAUGUCAGCGUUUGGUCAAGGAAAUUAAGAGAUUCAAAUACAAUAAGUAAUACAGGAAGGGAACCCGCAAGUCCAAGCACUAGCAAGUAUACGUAUAGUCUUCCUGACUUUCUUCUCUAUGUUAGCAAUAACAUCGUUGAAACCAAGUGUAAUAGCAAAUGAUCAGUUGGAAAUAUACCCAGAUUUGUAGUGAAAGAUUCAACUUUAGCGAUACAAUUCUCUACUCAAUGUCAGGCUAGUUGUAUUAUGCAUUACAGUAGUCUAGCAGAUUCUAUGUUUCCGAUCGACACAGGAAUUCCUUCAGUCCUCUAUUGAUGCGUUGGCGCACGCUAUCGGGGCAGUGUUCCGACUGGACUUGGACGCCAUAUUAUAUGUAAGAACAUGCCCAAAAGCAAAUGCACGCCGGUAAUCGCACCUCUUAGAUCCAAUUUGAACCAAAUUAUACUUUGUCCAUCGUGUCUUUCUUUACUCUGAUCCCACUAUGCUCCCCAAGUCUAGGUUUUUGAUGCGCCUCCAAGUUGCAUCUGUCAAAAGAAAGUCACUACUGGUAUACCCGAAGUAUAAAAGCUAUCACUAUGA